UUACUAAGCAGUCUUUUACUUGUGUGUUUCUUCCUGUCAAAACGUACCUCAAAAUGGCUGAAAAUGCUUCCGAGUCGGGAAAUAUUCUCACAAGUGUUUUGUCAGAAAUAAUCGAAAGUCCUCUAAAUAUAGCAUUAGUUAUUCUAAUAGCAGUGUUAGUUUACAAAAUAGUCAAAAGUCGUACACAUGUGCCUUCGGCCUCAAUUCCUGAACCCAAAUUACCAAAACUUAAAAAAAGGGAUUUCACAGUUCAAGAAUUAAAUAAAUUUGAUGGUACACAAGAAGAUGGGAGAAUUUUGAUUGCAGUGAACGGAAAUGUUUAUGAUGUUACCAAAGGAAAAAGAUUUUAUGGCCCAGGUGGCCCGUAUGCUGCAUUUGGAGGUAAAGAUGCGUCUAGGGGUCUUGCUACAUUCUCAGUUUCUGUUAAAACCGAGGAAUAUGACGAUUUGAGUGAUCUUAAUUCAAUAGAAAUGGAUUCUGUCAGGGAAUGGGAAGCGCAGUUCAAAGAAAAAUAUGAACUUGUGGGAAAGUUAUUGAAACCAGGUGAAGAGCCCACUAACUAUUCUGAUGAGGAAGAUGAAUCAUCAGCAGCUACCACAGCAGGUGGGGCAGGAGAUAGGUCUAAAGAGGAUUAAACACAUGAAAAAUGGAGGAUAAAGGCUGAAGUAGAGGUCACAUUUUUUUUAAUCAAAACUUAAUUUCCAUUGCAGUUAGUCUCUACUUUUUAAAUUUGAUAAAUAUAAAUAUAUAUUUUUAUGUAUAUGUGAGCUUUUAUUAAAUUAUGUAUAAUUCGUUUCUUCUAUAUAAAUUUCGAUUAACAUAAUCGAAUCAGUAAAUCUGUUUGAACUUAUGGUGUUUUAUUCAAAGUUUUUCAGUUGACGUUUAAUUCAAUGUAGAAGAAGAGUAAUAUUUUCAUAAAAUCCAUUGAAAAACUUAUUAAAUAGAAUAUUCAACUUUCAAAAAUGGGCUGUGUUUUUUUCAAUAAAACGAUAAGAAAAUUAUAUUUGACUUAUAUACCAGAAAUUUGCUUUUAAAUUGAUUGUAUAACUUCAUUUGUGUGUAUCUUAUUCUCUUAAGAAUGAAUGUACCACAGAUAUCAAAUGCAAUACCAAAAAUAAAUACAAAGUAUCCUAUUAUUUUAUUGAAGUAUCAAAAACUUUGGGGUUUGAUGUUCCAAAUGUGAAAUGCAAAUUUAUUCAUUCCAUUCUUUGAAAAUUGUUAAUUAUGCUAAGGAACUAAUCAAUGUGAUCUAAUAAAGAUUUAUAUAAUUA